AUGGAGAAAGGUGUGAGAUUUACACGAAUCAUAAAAGCCUUAGUGAAGGAUUACGACUGUGUGAUCAAUUACCAUCAUGGGAAAGCCAAUGUAGUAGUAGACGCUCUAAGUAGGAAGACUACAGGCUAUAUCGCCGCACUGUUAACUACCCAACUAGAAAUCACAAGAGAUUUUGAGAAGCUUAGUAUUGACGUUCGAGGAAGAGGUGAUAGCUCAUAUUUGGCGACAUUGGUAGUACAACCUACCUUGAUGGAUAGGAUUAAGGAAUGUCAGAAAAAGGAUGCUGAGAUGGGAAACAUCCUAAACAGGGUUUUAGAAGGCAAAGAAUCAAAUUUUAGGGUGUCGGAAGAUGGGGUAUUACAUCUUGGAAAGAGGGUGUGCGUACCCAACGACGAUUCAAUUAAGAAAGAGAUAUUAGUUGAGGCGCAUAGUUCGCCUUACUCGGUCUACCCGGGAAGCACCAAGAUGUAUCAAGAUUUACGAGCCAUUUAUUGGUGA